UCCAGUACGGCUCAUCGUCCGCCGCGCAAUACACCACUACACAGUGCCGCCGCCGCGCCGUCUAACAUGUAGAGGCCAGGUCAAGGUUCGGAGACACGAGGGCACCCGACAUCAAGUAGCUGAUAGCGUGACAUGGCUAGGAUGAGGCUAUCAACGUUGUCUUUAUCGCUGUUAGUAGCCGUCGCGACGCAGCCCCAACCGAGCACCCCGCGAACACUUCAUAGCAACGAUCACAACCACGGCUUCCUCAACGAGCACAAACAUGGCCACGCACACGCCUACAAGUCGCACGACCGCUCGCACAACACGCACGCCCAGUUUGCGGACGCGACCGGCUCAGCCAGUACUCCCAGUGGAGGUACAACCAAGCACGGAGACCCGCUUAUCGUAGAGACGACGAGCGGAUUGGUCCGCGGACUCAGCAAAACCGUCCUCGGCCGAGAAGUACACAUCUUCACCGGUAUACCGUUCGCCAAACCUCCUAUCGGGCCGUUGAGGUUUCGCAGACCUGUUCCCGUGGACCCGUGGCACGGAGUAUACGACGCCACCUCCUUGUCCAACUCAUGCUAUCAGGAGAGGUACGAGUACUUCCCCGGGUUCGAGGGAGAAGAGAUGUGGAACCCGAAUACCAACAUCAGUGAGGACUGUCUCUACCUCAACAUCUGGGUACCGCAGCGGCUGAGGAUCAGGCACAAGAGCUCCUCCGAGGAGAACACCUACAGACCGAAGGUCCCGGUACUGAUUUGGAUCUAUGGCGGCGGCUACAUGUCGGGCACUGCCACUCUGGACAUCUAUGACGCAGACAUGGUCGCUGCGACCAGCGAUGUGAUCGUGGCGUCCAUGCAAUAUCGUGUGGGAGCCUUCGGGUUCCUCUACCUGAGCCCAGAACUGCCCACAGGCAGCGAGGAGGCCCCUGGCAACCUGGGGUUGUGGGACCAGGCCCUGGCCAUUCAGUGGAUAAAGGCGAACAUCGCCAACUUUGGCGGCGACCCAGAACUCUGCACGCUCUUCGGAGAAUCCGCUGGCGGAGGAUCCGUGAGCUUACAUCUCGUAUCCCCGGUCACCCGAGGGUUGGUCAGACGAGGGAUCAUGCAGUCAGGGACACUGAACGCCCCUUGGAGCUUCAUGACGGGAGAGAGGGCAGUCGAGAUAGCCAAGACACUCAUCGAUGACUGCGGUUGCAAUGCGUCCAUGCUGGUCGAAAGUCCUUCUAGGGUAAUGUCUUGUAUGAGAGCUGUGGACGCCAAGACCAUAUCAGUCCAACAAUGGAACUCAUACUUCGGCAUCCUAGGGUUCCCCUCAGCCCCUACCAUCGACGGCGUGUUCCUUCCAAAACAUCCACUCGAUCUUCUGAAGGAGGGCGAUUUCCAGGACACAGAAAUCCUCAUCGGCAGCAACCAGGACGAGGGUACAUACUUCAUUUUGUACGACUUUAUUGACUAUUUUGAGAAGGAUGGGCCAAGUUUCCUACAAAGAGACAAGUUUCUUGACAUAAUCAACACGAUAUUCAAGAACUUCUCCAGGCUUGAGCGGGACGCUAUUAUAUUCCAGUACACGGACUGGGAGCACGCCAACGAUGGUUACCUCAACCAGAAGAUGAUUGGCGAUGUUGUUGGGGACUACUUCUUCAUUUGUCCGACUAACUUGUUCGCCCAGGCUUUCGCAGAUCAUGGGCUCAAAGUGUACUACUACUUUUUUACUCAGAGAACGAGUACCAGCCUUUGGGGUGAGUGGAUGGGUGUAAUGCACGGUGACGAGAUAGAGUACGUGUUUGGCCAUCCUCUCAACAUGUCUCUGCAAUACAACGCCCGUGAGAGAGAUCUCAGUCUACGCAUCAUGCAAGCCUACUCUAGGUUCGCUCUGACCGGGAAACCAGUAUCAGAUGACAUAAACUGGCCGAUAUACUCCAGAGACCAGCCUCAGUACUACAUCUUCAAUGCUGAGAAAAGUGGCAUAGGCAAGGGUCCUAGGGCAACUGCUUGCGCCUUCUGGAAUGAUUUUCUUCCCAGGCUCAAAGGACAGUCUGACCCAGAGUGCCUGGCUGAUCUCCCAGAAGCGCAGACUAGCAGUCCCUGGGUAGACAAGGUCAAGGACAACUCUACAUCAACGACGUACAAGUCGUCUGUCAUCACCAUGCUGGGGCUGCUGUUGCUGACAAUAUAAGAAGCCAGCUGUUUAACACCUGUUCCACAACAUUAGCCUAGCGACUGCCGGCGGGCCAGGGCUUAGCCGCCGCCGACAAUGCUACUAAAUUCGUACUCGAUAGCACUUUUGUACUGUUACGUUUUAUUUCACUUUAUUUUAGAAUGCAAGGCCCAAAAGGACCGUGUAAAAAUGUACUCGUAUGAUUUAGGCCUAAUUAGAGUAACGACUUAUUUUAUCGAGACUUAGGAGAGAUUACUGUUAUAGUUACCGUACUGUUAAGUAAGGUGACGAUUCAGUCGAAGCAUAUCAUAUACGAAUAUAUAUUAUAUAAUAUCGGUUUUUGUAAAUAGUACUCUACUCGAAGUCGGGUAGAGAUACGAUACAUAUCGAAUACAUAUCAAAAAUGUAAAUUAUAUUUGUAUCGAUUUAGAAGUAUAAGUGCGUAGAAAAACGGAUGUUCGGUUAGAACGAGACAUCGGGUGAAUUCUAGAUCGGUCAAGUACUCUCGGAGGUCGGAUUACAGCUUUCGUGUGCUUUGUUCAGGAGAGUGCGAAGGACGAAGUGACCUCGUGUCCGACUACAUGCGUCAUGCCAUCAUGCCAGCACAUUACAUGGCGCCCACAUCCCUGUAAAGUUAUCGCAUAUUUUAGGAACUUUUACAAGUACCUUUCUCCCAAGACCGCCAUUUUAUACGCAUCUUAUAUACAGUAACUGACAACUGUACAAUAUUGUGAAUAGAUCGACUUGUUAUAUAGCCAUAUUUAUAUUAUAUAUUUCUACGCUACUUUUAUCUACGUAAGGUAAUGAAACAAGGUAUCUAGUAAAGUAGGGAUCACUUCGGGACAAUCUGACUGCGAUUUUCGAGGCAGGCUGAACGUUAAAUAUUCGAUGAUACAGUUCACUGUUUAACUGUCGCGGGUUUACGGACCGACGGGGAGCGAAGACCAGAACGAGACCAGCCCCCUCAGCGUCGUCUUCCUCGUCGGGGCUAGCCUAACGACUUGCAGACUUACGAUGGAAACAUUUUCAGAGAGUUUCGAUGCUUUGUGUUUGCGUAAACACGACUUUACUUUUCCUCUGUAAUCUUAAAAACAAUCAGUGCGAACGUUAAUUUUGACGUUUAAUGUCUAUUACAGUCGGUAAUGGUAAAUAGUAGUGGUGUUCAUUUACGGAAUUACAAAUAAAAACAGUUCUUCUAAAGAAUCUUCAUAACGUGGUCUGUAAAAUUUCUUUGUAGUUAAUUUUAUGUAUAAACUGUAAAAGAAUCUUGAUGGAAACUUGUACCCAAAUGCUAAAGUUUUUUUUUAUUGAAGACAAACUAGUAAUAGUUGUCUACUGUAGAGUGAGUGAACGCCACCUUAGCCGCCCCACUCGCCAUGUCGCACAUGAGUGUUAGAGUUAUAGUAGUGCUCAAUAUAUGUACCUUCACACAAAGUGCGUCUGUUUAGUAUAAGUCUCAAGACCGGUUCACCCACAAAUAGCUUUCACUUUGCGAAUGUCCGGGGUACUGAUAGCUUUAGGAACAUGUCUUUGUAAUAAGAGAGGACUAAAUUUUAAAUUCGAAUGUUGUAUUUUGUAAAUAUAAAUGCGAAAAAUCGUCGAUAAUUAGAGACUAUCUUUAACUCAUUAAUCAGUUGUAACGAGUACAUAUCAUUAGAUUAGUUGUAUGAUUUAGGUUAGUAAAUCAAAGGGAGUACGUUUUGAUAUAUGGAAGUAAAAUUUCUCGUCUAGUUACACUGAAAAGUAACAAUAGGGGUUAUUUUUUAUAUUUCAUUAAUGUAUGUAUUAUUGUUGCCAUACUUUUCCUCGGCGUCAAAUAUAUAUAUUUGUUUUUGUAAUAUUGUAUAUCAAAGAAAUGUAGUUUUUAUUCCCUUGUCACAUUACAUACUAUAUCAGUGCUGAAGACGAGAGCUUGUAGUAGUUUUAUUUCAGAGAUGUAAGUUUACUGUGCCUCAUACCGAUCACUUCGGUCGCAACGCUGAUCUCAGACGCUUAUGCGUCUACCUCGUACCAUAUCACGUUAGUAGAACUAAUGCCUUCACCUUACCACUUAAACCAAUCGCAGUAUACUCGUACCUUCCGGUGUAGCCAUUUCAUUUACUUACGUCUCUGUGGUCUGAUUUUAUAUUUGUAUAAUUUUUAUUAAUGUGAAGCACUACUGGAAUUGCCUUUAUAGAUUACAAGUCCGCUUUUUACAUCAAGAACAUGAUAAUAUCGUAUUGUGGUUUUAAGAAAAUAUAUUAUGGUAUCGUAAAAUUUAUGAUUUACUCCGAUUACUUUUUAUUUUAAAAAUAGUAAAAUCAAUUAACGGAAGGAAUUAUACAAAUUCAAAAGUUAUCUUUAAGUGAUAUGAAAAUUUAAUAAUUAAGAAAGGCGUAUUUGAAAGUACAUUUAGUACUACUAGGCGUCCCAAAAUAUCACAAAUCUUGGAAAUGUUUAUCUUUCAAACCCCGAGCGCGCUACAACGUGAGAUUCGCCUUUCAUACAGCAGUUCCUGGAGUGAACCACCGCUACGCCACUUGAACACAGAAAUCGCUCAAGAGAGCAUUUGUGGAUGUAACUUGACACAUAUCAAACAUAGGCCUAAAGCUUGUGUAUAAGUGUUGUAAAAAUGUACUGUUACGAUGUCCCUUGUGUCGUAUGUGUAAUUCUAAGAAGUAGCUGCGACAGUGUCCACCAACUCUCUGUGGCCCUAGCCCCCAAUCUGCAGUUGAAAAACAACUUCCAUGUACAAGUAAACAUACGCUUCUUAAUCUAAGUGUACCAAAAGCAAUUUGUUUUGAAACCACCCGAAAUAAAGGUUUCGAUUUCAACUAACGAUUGAGGGCCAAAGAUGUUGUCGCUUGCUUACUAGAGAUAUCUCCCAGAUUUACAGUUAACCGAACUAAGUUGGAAAAAAUCUACAGUAGUCAUAGAAAAUGUUGGAAAACAAUUCAAAUCAGUUGACUAUUAUUAAAACUUGUAUAACCACUAAAAGACAAAAUUAUUUUUAUACUUGCAGCUCGAAAUUUCACUUUAUUAUUUAUUAUAUCUUAAAAAUGAAUGAUAACCAUGAUUCAACCUUAUUUUCAAUUUUCCAUUCCCAAAAUCAGCUACGAUAAAAAAUAACCUACCCAAUUUGUUUUAUUUUUUUAUUUUAUUUUUAUUUUAUUUUAUUUUAUUUUAUUUUGCCAACAGAUUUACAUCAAUUUUACAGUUUGAUUGAGUUGUAAAUUGCUCAUUAUGACUAGAUAACCCAUAAUAAUAACAAUGAAAGGAAUGUCAAAUGUAACAAUAAUAAGAGUAAAGUAUGCAUGUGAAAAACUUGGACAAAGAAAGAACUGAGUAACGAUAAGCAAAUACAUUGUUGAAUGAAUAACGAAGAAAUGUAUACAAUAAAUGGCACAUGGACUAACCUACAAAACAAUAAACAAUAUAAAUAACAAUGAAAUAACAAUAAACAGAUACAUAAAUAUUUUUGUGAGAACAAUAAAUAAUAUUAAAAACAAUGAUAAAUUAUUAUAUUACACUAAAAUGCGUAUGAUUACAUACAAAUACAGUAUAUAAGACAAAGUCUUUGGGUUACGAAUGUUAAGUCUUUGUAUAUCAAUAAUCAAUAAUAAUAUUUUUAAACCAACCCUUAUCCAAAGGAAUCAUAACUAUACAAAAACAUUAAUAAUUUAUGUAUUUUUCAAAAUUCAAAGUAGCAUUUUCUUUUACUAAUAACUUUUUUCAUACAAAAUACUAAUUUCUGUAAAGUGAAUUGAGUUUGACAAUAGACCGUAUUUUGGUCGUUUAUUCCAACUUAGUGAGCUGAUCUGGAACCUGGGAGAACUUGAGUCACGCCUUAUCUACUAAGGGAGAACGCCCUUCGGCUCAGGGGGUGUCUCUCCUUAGCCUACAAGCUUCUCUAUGACGGAAACAUGUUAGUGGGUCCUCUCCAUCCUUCCUGCAGUAGUGUGCAGCUUUUCUAUUGUAAGCUCAGCCUAUGUAUAUGUAGGAUGUAUCUAUUUAUAAAAUGUGUCUAACGCACGCCAUAGCUAAUAUUAGAGUAGAUUUCAGUUUGUUAAUCAGUGAGAUCGUGAUAGCACACAGCAGACUGGAACUGAACUAAAACAUAUCACAUACACAGACUUUGAAUAUUUUACCGGCGUGUUUGCAACGCUGACUUUAUCGAAGAACGCCAAUUCUUCCCAUUAAAAAUGAUGUAUCGAUAUAAUAUUUUUAUAUUACUCUCUAUAAAUUAAUGAAAUGUUAUCUUUAAAACUGAUGUACUAUAAUACACGUUUGAUACCUUGUAUACCUACAUUCCAGUUGUCUACUUUGAGUAGUUGUAUGGGUAAAUAUGAGGAAGAAGGUAAUUAACGGGAAAACAUUGUCCCUAAAAUAGUAAAAUUUAACAGUAAAUAAGUACAGUUUGUUAUUUUAAAAGCCAACAGUCGAAUACUACAAACGCAGUUUAUUUCGACUCUGCUGUAUUGCGAUUAACGCGCGACUAAAGGAAUUAAGUGUACGGGAACUGUGAGUUUCAGUUUGUUGGAAAAGAUAUAUAAGUUACCCAUUGUUAGUGAUAAGAGAAAUUUUAUACUUUGAAAAACUAUAUAUUAUAGCAGGAUUGGAGACUUGUGGGGAGAUGUACAAUGCAGCUAUAUAAUAGUUUUUCACUUUUUUAUCCAGCCUCUGGUUCAGGAAAGAAUGCGGUUUGAACAUUAAAACCCGUCUUGGUUUGAUUUUAACAACCGUUUUAACAACUUGUUGGGUUUUGUUAUUAAAAACAGUGUGUAUUCUAUUACCUUGCCACGAUUAAUGUUUGCUGGUCAAACUAUAAUCUGUCACCCUCUAUCGACGCUGCACGGUGCAUUUCUCGCAAGCCUGCUGUUGUACUGCUUACCCGCUGUUCGGUGGAUAGUCUGUUCAUUUUAUGUUUCUUGUUAUGUAUCACCUGACGUUGUAUACACAUAUAGCCUCAAUAAAAGAGGAAUAUGUCCAA